AUGGGCGGUUGCUUCUCCGCUGAACCCACCACAAAGGCGGCUGCCGCCCUACAGCCGGUCUCGCAAGAGGAAGGGGAGCGGCCCUCUCUGACGACGGAGCCUCCGUGUAACUCCAUAGAGCGGCGUGCAGAGUCGCCGUUGCACUUCAUUGCCAUUCAGGGCGUCAUCCCGGGAGUCGGCCCCCAGUCGCACCAGAAGGAGUCCAACAACGGCUCAGCGGCAAUUGAUACCAGCGGAGAAGAGAAGGCGGGGCAGGCCGCGUUGUCGUCGGCGCAACGCUCCACGCUCACCUUCUGCACGAAAUUGAACGACCUGGAGUUGGGAGGGGAUGGACCCGCCGCGGACUCAAAUCUGGACUCCCGCAAGUACGCCUUCACUCCGGUUGUGUCCGUCGCCCCCUUUGCGGCGAGGGACUCGCGUAUCUUGACAGCCUCCAUGUUUAGAAAACUCUACGGCGGGUCUGGCGGCAACGCAGAGGAGGCAGAGGAGGCCGUGAAGGCUGCCGUCAAGGAUCAGGCCUCUACGCAGCGGACUGCAUCCCCAAACUCCGGGGCCAUUUCCGCUGUGGCGUCCAACGAGGAUACAAAUAACCCUGAACCGGCGCAGCCGCACUCCACAGACGGGGAUAAGCCGAAGGUGUCCGGCAAGUGCGAGACGUCUUCCCCCUCCAGCGUUCGCCCGAUGUCAGUGGGGGAUCUGAGCCAAACAAUACCGCCUGAAUCCCUGCACGCGCGGGAGGCCGUCGAGACGAGGCAGCAAGAGGGGGCGUCUCUCUCGGAACCCUCCCCUGCAAAUAGCAAGAGCGAGAAACGAUGGUGGUCCGGGCUUUUACGCCGCGAUAAUAAAGGACGCGGCAGUGGCAGUGGCAGCAGCAACAACGAGCCCAUUUUUGUGAAGGAAAAGGAGGGGAAGCGCAAGGCAUCCAAGGGCAACGCCAAUGAUGCAUCCAAAAAGGCAGAAAUGCCGAAGCUGUCGCGGGAGCAGUUUAUUAAUUGCGGCUUGCAGCGUCUGCGGCAGCGCCUGGAUGAUCUCAAGCUUGUAGAGCACCCCCUCAAGAAUGAUGGCAACUGCCAAUUUCGCGCACUGGCGCACCAGCUGUUGGGCUCCGAGGAUCUUCACGAGCUUGUCCGCGCGCACAUAGUCACCUACAUGAAAGGCGUGCGAGACCGCUUUGACUGCUACUUCGCAAGUAAGGAGGAGGCGGACGAGUACUACAAGUCGAUGCUAAAGGAUGGAAUAUGGGGUGAUGAACUCACCCUUCGCGCGGCAAGUGACAGUCUGCACGUAAACAUUCAUCUUUUGUCCUCGGAGGAGCAGAACUUUUACAUUACAUACCGCCCUGGUCCCGACUCUCACGCGCCCGUUUUCCUAGUGGAUGUCGCCACCAUUCGGCAGCAGCGGCAUCGCCGAGGCAAUGGCUCUCCAAGUCCCUUGACACAUGCAUCAAAUAUACGAGAAGGCGAAGGGAAACGCAGAAAAGGCGGUGGAGGCGGACCGACUAAUGAAGCGGGAGGUUCUUCGGAUGGCAGCAACCCCACGCCGGGGCUGACGCCUGUCUUCACGACGCUUGAUUCAGUUGCACCAAAAAAUAAUACGAAGGGCGGUGAAGAUGGAGACGAGGAUGGGGUGUGUCUCGUGGACGCAUGCGCGUUGCAGCGUCGUCUGCAGCGCAAAUUGGCCAAAACACCCCUUAGAGCCGCCGCAACGCCAAAGGUGGACGUUCCCGCAAACAGUGGGAGCUCCUCUUUUGUAGCAAUGGAGCCCCCAGCAGUGGCACCAAUUGGGGACUCCGCUAAUAGCAGUGCCGUGGACGGAGCUGCGGGCCCUAGUUCUGCUCACAGAGGCUGUGAGGGCAGUUCCACGGGUGGGAAUGUUCAACAAUCCCACUGGCGGACCGUCUCUCAGGAAAUCGCCAGGUUUUGUGCGGUUGGAGCAGAAAAGGUGGAAUAUUCAGGUGAGCAAUACAUUACUUUGCUUCUGCCCUUUUCCACCCUUCCAGGGAAGUCUGCAGACGUAGCACCACAAUUGGGAGCAACAUCCCCUUUUCAUAACCUUGUUUCUGCGACUAAUCCGGACGAUUUUCCACGAACGGAGUCAGCUUCCGUGCUGUUUUCGCCACGGCAAGGCAACUCCAGUGGAGCUGAAGCCUCAGGCACAUGCGAUGCGGCGCGUCAAGCGGCCCCCGGAUCGACGCUUUCCCUUGAAUCUGAUGCCAGUGGCGCCGCCGAUGUAGACCUGACUCGUCCCGGACUAGAGGAUGACCAGACUGUCUAUGUAUUUGAGGAACUCUCGGAGCCCAUCGAUGUGUUUCUCUCAUACCUUUCUCCAGUGCACUACAACGCCUUGAGUCUAGCUGUUGAUAGAACCUCCCCCAAUGCGGAGAAUGCGACCCCCCAACCUAGCAAGGAGAGCUCCCUGGGAGAAAACGCACCUGUGUUUGCUACCGAGACGGCGCUGCCAUUCCUAAAGCGGGUGCGCUCAGAAAACGUAGUCCCGGGUCUCCUGCGCCCCGCGGAGACGGAGCUGCCGUGCGUUGGGGGGUCUGCGUGA